GACCUAUCUAUAAAUAUAUGUGGGUGACCAGUCAUCGUCUCACUGCAGCCUGCAGCUAGCUACCGACAGCAGCAGACCAAGCAAGCAAUCAGAGAGAGAGAGAGAGAGAGAGAGAGAGGAGCUCUGCUAGCUAGCUCUUGGACCCCAUCAAUGGCCAAGAUCCAGCCUCUGCCUCUGCCUGCAGCUGCAGCUGCAUCGCCUCCCUCUUGCUCUCCCUCAGGGGAUGGGCAGAGCCUGCAGAAGCAGGCAGAGUACACGGUGUGGAUGAAGUCGCUGGUGUUCAACGGCAACGGCUGCACCGUGUACGGCGCCGACGGCGGCGUGGCCUUCCGCGUCGACAACUACGGCUGCCGCGGCGGCCGCGAGGUGUUCCUCAUGGACCGCGCCGGCAAGACCCUCAUCAGGAUCCAAAGAAAGGGCCGCCUUGGGUUGUUCAGGCGGUGGGAGGCUUGCCGGUACUCCGAAUCUGACGACGGCGAGGAGACGACGACGCCGUGGUUCAGAGUGCAGAAGCAGAAGGCUGAUGAUGGAAAGAACGGCGCCGCCGUGACGAUGAUGCACCAUGGAAGAGGUGGCAGCGCGGCCGCGUACACGAUCGGCUGGUGCGCGGCGGGCAAAUUGGGCUACGAAGUCACCGGCGCUGGCGGCGCGGUCGCGGCGGCGGUCGAGCGGAAGCGGACGCCGUCUGGUGUUGUGCUCGGAGACGAUGUCCUGACGCUGACGGUGGGGGCCGGGACGGAUCAUCUGCUCGCCUUGGGUUUGGUGGUCGUCUGUGGCCUUAUGAAACGGUGCUUGUGAUGGGGAAGUAGGGAGUUGAUGGCUGAGGACUCUCUCCAUGGAAGUGCUGCUGCUCCAUCACACAAACAAAUUUUAUCUUCUCUUUGUGCAGUUUUUGCAGCUAGAUACAUGGUGCAGUGAGAGAUUGGUGAUAAUAACUAGUAAUGUAGAUAUACUAGCAGCAGCUUGGAUCCUUUUUUUCCCACCAAAUUGAGGACCCUUCCCCUCUUUUUGGUGGAUGUUUCUUCCUGGAUCCUAUUAUGGUCAUCAGAUUGUUUUGCUGUACCUAUGUGUUGGCGAUAUUGGGCAGUAACAAAUAUACUUAUUUUUAUUAGCAUA